AUGGGCAAAGUACCAGAUGAAUCUUAUGAAGAGUUAACGACCUUUAAUAGCUUAUGGCAAGCAUUAUCUUGGAGUGAAAUUAAAAUACGUUUGCCAGUUUGUUUUUCAAGAACAAUUCGAAAUUGGUAUAUGCUCGCCAAUAUUGUUUAUUUGGUAAAUUUUUGUACAUUAUACCGUCAUGUGAAAGCCUCAGUCUCUCUUUUCUUGGUAUCUUCAGGGU